UUUCCGGAGGAACGAUAAAAAAUGAGACACCAAGGGACGAGGAAAAUUUGGUGUGUAGUGAGAAAUCCACAGUUGCAGGCAAUUAUUUUAAAUACGUAUUGGAAUAAAUGUAAAUAAGAUUAGAUAACAGUUUUCAUAUUGACAGGUUUCGGUUUCAAGUCCCCAGGAAGUCCAGGCAAUCCGGUGGGAAGUCCAGUGCUACAGCUGAAAGAGACAAGUGCUUUCCUAUCCUGGAAGGGAUUUCACGGGUCCUUCGGCGUUCGUAUCCCUGCCUUAUCAGUCACCUCAGAAAAUACCAUCGUUACUUAUUUGGUGCCGUAGGCAAUACCAAUUUUGACCACUAGAUGACAGGAUUUGCACAGUUUUGUAAUCAACGAGCUUCUUUAAGGGAAAUGGAAGAGCAUUUUGAAGCUUUCAGCCAAGCUGAAUGAAAGCUAAGAGCUAAUCCUGAUGAGCAUUAGGACCUUCAGUGGAUGGUGGAGCGACUUUGACCUGCACUAACAAUAGGCUGAUAUGUUCUACCCAAUGCUAGAAGGUCUGCUCUCGAGGACCCUUCAUCCAAUGCUAGAAGGUCUACUCUCGAGGACCCUUCAUCCAAAGACUCGUAAAGGUGUCUUGUUAAUUUCAACAUGUCGGAACUCUCACAAAUUUUCUUCAGUUAUUGACAUGGCAAUGGUUUCUGAGAAAAAGAUGGGCAGCCUUUUGUUCCCAUUCCAAGGACUUGAGAAGUAUCUCAUGAGUGGGGUGAACAAGAGCCAUUUCCAUGCAUUUCUUCCAAGCUUUGAGGACAUAAAGAGUGCAGAGGCGUUCUUUACACCUUCAAAAAGACACAGUAUUGAUUAUUACUCAUCGGCUGUGAGAAUGGAUCAUGCUCCAAUAAUAAGUGAACCAGAGGUUUGUUUUAUUGGCAGAAGCAAUGUUGGAAAAUCCUCACUUAUAAAAGCACUCUUUUCACUGGUUCCAGACAUUGAAGUCCGGGUUUCAAAAACACCAGGACAUACAAAAAAAAUGAACUUCUUUAUGGUGAAAAAAGCUUUUACGCUUGUGGAUAUGCCUGGCUAUGGUUUUAAAGCGCCAAAGGAUUUUGAAGACAUGGUGGAGCCCUAUCUGAAAACCAGGAAGAAUUUAAGACGAACAUUUUUGCUGAUCGACGGCUCAGUGGGAGUUCAGAAAGCUGACCGAAUAGCACUGGACAUGUGUGAAGAGUUUGGGAUCCCUUAUGUGAUUGUAUUCACAAAAAUUGACAAGGCUAAGCAAGGGGAAUUGUUACGCCAUAUACUGGAAAUGCAGAACAUAAUCGAAGAUCACACUACUGGAUGCUUCCCUCAGCCUUUCCUAGUCAGUUCUGUGCAGUUUUCUGGGAUACACCUGUUAAGAUGCUUCAUUGCCCAUGUGACUGGGAAUCUCUCACUGCGGCUGACGUGACCCCACCCUUGGAAGACCAGAAACAAGCCUGGAAAGUAGCUUAGAGAAAAUAUUAAAGUGAAUAAUAUUUAAGUAUUAUUUUUUUCACAAUUUAAAUAAUA